AUGGUGGAGGUGGUGGCAGCCGCGCAGUGCGUCGCAGCUCAGGCCGUGGCGUGGGACCCAGUUCCUCUGGAGGCUCAAGGCGCAGGCAUGCGCGGCGCCAAUGGCGUCAACGGCAGCAGCGGCGACGGCAGUAGCGGCGACGGCAGCAGCGACGACGGCAGCACUAGCUCGUCUGAGUUGAUCGUGGAUCUCCUGGUGAUCUGCCCUGUCACAGCCCCCAACGACUCGCCGGUUGGGGUGGCGCUGCUCUUUGACAGCUGGCGCUUCCCCUCCGACGGCGCCUUGGGCCGCCCUGGGUUCCCGCGUGUUCAGCCGGCGCAGCUGCCUGACGAGGGGAGCCUGCAGGCGGCGGCCGACGGCGUGCGGCAGCAGGCUGACCACGUCCGGGCGCUGAAGCAGCAGCAGGGGCUGGGCAACCAGCACCCGGACGUGCAGGCGGCAGUGGCAGAGCUGCAGCGGCGCAAGGAGCGGCUGUCACUGCUGGAAAGCCUGGCGGCCGCGUUCUUGGAACCGCGGGAAAGCCCACUCGACCUGUGGCUCCAGCCAUUGGGACCCGGGCCUGUGUAA